AUGGUUGAAGAAGCUAUGUUGCUAGGUGAUAGACUGCAAGGUCAGUCCGGAAAUGUUGCUGGGAAAAACAAGAACUGGGUCAAGAAUGCCCCUUCGGGCAAGUCAUCUGCGAGUCGUAGUGUGUGUUCGACUUGUGGUAAGAUGCAUGUGGGAGAAUACCGAACAGCUUCUGGUGCGUGUCACCGUUGCGGUAGCAUAAAUCAUAAGGUUCGUGAUUGCCCUGAGGAAGAUCAGAGGGCUAAGAAUCCGGGCAAGGAUGCUGGGGAAAGUUUGUGCUACAACUGCGGUGAAGUUGGGCACUAUAAGAAUCAGUGUCCGAAGCUAAGGCAGCAAGUUGGGAAGCGGGCAAGUGAUGGACCGAGUCAGCCUGCGAAGAGGCAAGCCAUUAUGCCUCGAGUUUACACCAUCGGUGACAAGACCAUGGACCCAAUUCGAGCAGUUGGGGGCCAAGUCAUGUUUAACCUUUGA